AUGCCCUUCCAUCACAAGCGAAUCGUGGACGAGAGUGGCGUGAUUGGCAGGCGAGUUGGCCUAUUAGAGCAGGCGGUGGUGAGCGCGGGUCGCCCCCCGCGCAAGGGGAAGUGGGUGUUGGAGUUCUCCAUGGUGACUGGGGCUGAGCUGCUGCCACUGCAGCGGGAGGUCUCUGCGGAAGCCUGGGACCAGAAGAAGGGGCCCACUCGGAACCAGACCAGUUGUUACCGCCCAGCUGCAGCCCUGGAGAAGGUCAAGACCUCUGGUGUUCCUGGGAGCCCCCAGACUCCCCCCGAGUCUCGUGACCCUGGCGAUUCCCUGCCCCAGACACCCCAGUUGGACAGCCACUCAGAAGAAGACGAUGGCACUGGAGCAGGUGGUGCCCCGGGUGGGGACUGCCAGGCUUCCAGGACCCAGAGCCCAGAGGGCAGCUCAGUGGAGGCCGUGCUGGGCCGGAAGAAGCACCGGCGGAGGCCGACAAAGCGCAAGCGCCACUGGCGGCCCUACCUGGAGCUGAGCUGGGCCGAGAAGCAGCAGCGGGACGAGUGGCAGGGCCAGCGGGCCUCCCGGGUGCGCGAGGAAAUGUUCGCCAAGGGCCAGCCCGUGGCCCCUUACAACACCACGCAGUUCCUCAUGAACGACCGAGACCCGGAGGAGCCCAACCUGGACGUGCCCCACGGGGCCUCGCACCCGGGUUCCAGCGGGGACAGUGAGGCGGGAGACAGCGACGGGCACGGCCCAGCCCACGGCGAGUUCCAGCAGAGGGAUUUCUCAGAGGCCUACGAGCGCUACCACGCCGAGAGCCUGCAGGGCCGCAGCAAGCAGGAGCUGGUGCGCGACUACCUGGACCUGGAGCGGCGCCUCUCGCAGGCCGAGGAGGAGACCCACCGGCUGCAGCAGCUGCGGGGCGCUGCUGGCCACCAGCCCUGCCGGCAGGUGGAGGCGCUGGCUGCCGAGGUGGAGCGGCUGCGGACUGAAAACCAGCGCCUGCGGCUGGAGAACGAGAUGUGGAACCACCGGAAGAGCAGCCACAUGGAAGGGCGAGGGGAGCCCGGCACCUAGAGGUGCCCCCGCCCCCCACCACCCGGUGAACCUUGAAAAGG